AUGGCCGCUUUUCGGCCGGUUAACACGCUGCUCGCUGCAGCUGCUGCCCAGAAUGAAGACGAAAUGACGACAUCUCCUCUCACCCCCCGGCCAAACACAGCGCCGCACGCCCAACAGCGACCUGACACGAUUCCCGAAGAUGCAGCAACGCCCACGAGGGCUUCUUUCGCCGGGAACGCUCUGGCUUCACAGAAACCCCUCCCUUCGUCGCCCUUCCCCGAUGCCGUGCAGAUCCCCGAGUCGGCUGAUGGUAGCGUGCCGACGCGAGAAAACUCUCGACACUCGAGAAAGUCUCGAGAUUCGGAAGACGUCGACAUGGACGAUUCGGAUGGCGACACAGCGGCUGGCGACGAAGGCGUUUCCGACGAUGACAGCGUCAACGGAGACGGGUCCAGGUCUGGGAAGAAGAAGAAGUCACAAAGAUUCUACUGUACCGAUUACCCGCCCUGCAACCUGAGCUUCACGCGCAGCGAGCACUUGGCCCGACACAUCAGGAAACAUACUGGUGAGAGACCAUUCCAGUGCCACUGCUCGAGGCGUUUCUCCCGGCUGGACAACCUUCGGCAGCACGCUCAGACUGUUCACGUCAACGAGGAUAUUCCCAUGGAUUCGCUUGCGGCAACGGGCGCCCGGUUUCAAAGGCAGAUUCGUACCGACAGGGUGCGACAGGCGGCGGGUCGAUCGCGGGCGUCAACUGCGGGGAGCGGCGGUGGCCCUGUGCGAGGUCACUCCAAAUCGCUGUCCACGUCGAGCAUCGGAAGUGUGGGCUCCGUCGGUCCGGCUUUUGCCUCUACGCAAGACAUCCGCCGACGACCUCCCCCCCUGGUCAUGGCCGAUCCCCAUUUGGCACGCAACCUCGGCUACCUUUUCGACGGGCCAGAGCAGCCCUCGCUGGAAUUAGAUCAUGGCAUCACCGGCGACCUCGCACUCGAGAUCCCACAGCAUUAUCCUCGGCUCACCUCCCACGCGUCAUCUGCCUGGUCUGGCCGACGGGACUCGACAUCCUCGGCUGCCGACGAGGCCUGGAGACGGCGCACCUGGCACCCCGAAAGCCGUGGCUUCCAACCCAACUCUAGCAGCCAUCUGAGCAACGUUGUGACGCCAGGCCAGUUCCAGCCGGGCCCACCGCUUCCUGCUGCGAACGUGAUGAACCCGCAGCAGACAGUUCGUCUGCCUGGUAUUGAAUCCUUCGACCCCUUGCUUCCGCGUCCCGCGACACCUCCCCGCCGGAACCCUUCACCCAUGAUGAUUGACGCAGAGCCGAAGGGCCAACCUACGCAUGUGGGCGCUGACGAUCGCCGCAACUGGGAUAUGGGUCUGCAUCGCGGGUUGACGAGACUUGACCUGCGAUCCAACAACGUCACGCCCCCACACGACAGCGCCGGAGCUUGGGCUAAUGAGGUCAAUCAAGCCGUCCAGGCUCAGGCCGAGCAAGUGAGGGUGAACCCGCCGACUGUCAGAUUCGAACUCGGCACGCCACCUACGCAUCCCAACACGGCACCUUUCAACAGAACCCACCACCAGUACACCAUGUCUGCGCCCAUGGUAUCGACACCACGCGAUUCGAAACGACACGGUUGGUAUCAUGGCCCGCUUGCCCAACAAGCUCAAGGCGAACUUGUCAGGGGCCCGCGUGUGGACCGCAUGGAGCAUCCCAACAUGACAGCUUUCUCUGGUUUCCCCGGCAGGGAACCUCCGCGGGAACCUCCAAGCCAGCCCCAGCCGCACUCCCAGCAACCUGGCGGCGACCGCACCGCCGAGAACUCUUCCCGAUUUGACGCUCUUGUGGCUGUUGCCGCCAGCGAAGGCUCGACGGCUACUGCCUACUGA